GACCGCCAGUGCAUUGUCUUGUCAUCCGGCCGUCUGGCGUGCUUUGCCGGAGUUGAUCUGUUUAAAGGAAGCGCCCCAGCCUGCGUCACCUUUACUCGCCCAUUGCCUCGUCGUCCUAACCAUUUCCCUCUUACCACUCUCACCACGCCGAUUACUACAUUAUUCACCCACGGCGUCUCCACCCCGACAACCCACUCAACCGCACUUCACCGCAACCCUCGCCUCUACAUAAGCCACCGCUGCGCCUUCUUCCCUGCCAACUUCUUCACCUGAGCACACGGACACUGCCUCACCUGCCGCUUUCAACUGCGACCGGUCCUAUCUCCGUUAUCUCAACCUCGACCGGCACACCAGCGUCAUCACCAUCGCACGCUCCUCACAGCACAGCACCACCACCGCCAUCAUGAUGCGCCGCUCAGACUCCAUCUCCAGCAUCAGCUCCAUGGGCUCUGACGCUGACGAGACGAUGCACAUCUUCGUCAAGAACGUAUCCGGCGAUUCCACAAUCCCUCUCUCAAUACCCACCAGCACCUCUAUCUCCACCCUGCGCUCGCUGCUCGCUCUCCGUACCAACUUGCCCGAGCCCGCGGACCUGCGCCUCGUGUACGCAGGGAAGCACCUGUCGUCCGUGACCACAACGCUCGCCGACUACGCCAUUGCGCCCAACGCAACGCUGCACAUGGCGCUGCCCCUGCGCGGCGGGAUGCCCCCCAAGAAGAUCCGCUGCAGCCACAAGGAUUGCAAGGACGCCGCGCAGCGCAUCGUCGGCGACUGCGGGUUCUGCAACGGGCAUUUCUGCGGCAAGCACCGGCUGCUGGAGGACCACAAGUGCGAGGGCCUUGAGGACUGCAAGAAGGAGAGCCACGAGCGGAAUGCGAAUAAGCUGAACAGUGAGCGGACUAUGGCUAUCAAGGGCAUCUAAGAAGGAUGUUCACGAUAAAGUCGAUCUGAGGCCAGAGGUCGAAGACUAGGUGACCAAGAGGUCGUCAGGGUGCGAGCGAGCUAGAGUUUCGAAUUGCUUUGUCUUGCGUAUUUCAGCCAGCGAGUUUGGCGGCUGUUUUGCUUGGAGUUUGGGACCUGAAGGGCUGCUAAUCGUUUGCUCCCUUGGCUGAUUGACGCGUACUGGGAGCAAGGUGUUCUCCUGGAUAUAGCAGCCUUACUACGUAUUGAUAGUCUUUGACUAGCUACUUGAUCGAAUCAAUAUUUUUACUCAAUA